AUGUCCGUCGGGUUUAUUGGCUUGGGUAACAUGGGCGCUUUCAUGGCCAGGAACUUGGUCAAAAGUGGCCGCCAACUAAUUGUGUACGAUGUUAACAAGUCUGUAGCUGAUCAAUUCAAGAACGAAGGUGUAGCUGUUGCCAAAACGCCAGCCGAAGUGGCCGCGGAGAGUGCAGCUAUUUUUACCAUGUUACCUAAUAGCAGCCACGUUGAAGAAGUUUUUGGAGCCAAGGAUGGCAUCUUUAAGUAAGUUUACGUACUUUUCUUGGUUUUUAGGUAAUGAUGUAGGGCUUCUUUUUGCUCGACGGGGGUCUUUGAAGUUACCCAAGACUGUAAAAAGAGAGCUGAUAUAGUAUUUUAUAGUACCAACAAGAUACUAAUUUUCAAUUUUUCAGAACUAUUAAGUCUUCAACCCUGUGCGUUGACUGUAGUACCAUAAACCCUCUAGUAGCUAAAGAUUUGGCCUUAAAAGUGCGAGACACAGGCUCAGAUUUCCUAGAUGCUCCAGUGUCAGGUGGUGUGACUGGUGCCCAAAAUGCGACACUUACAUUUAUGAUUGGUGGAAGUGAAAGUGCAUACCAAAAAGCGUUACCGUACUUUGAACAGAUGGGAAAAAAUGCUGUACAUUGCGGAGAUGUUGGCACAGGACAGGCUACAAAGAUUUGUAACAACAUGUUGUUGGGGAUUCAGAUGAUCGGCGUGGCAGAGGCUAUGAACUUGGGUGAAAAGUAAGAGGUGUCUUUUUUUUUGCUAAUUUUUGAGGAGUAAAGUAAUGAUAAUAUCAUAUAUAUUAUAGUAGAAGCUGCUUUCUGACUCAUUUUAAUUUUUCAGACUUGGCCUAGACCCAAAAAUGUUAACUAGCAUUGUUAAUACCAGCUCGGGUCGUUGCUGGAGCACGGACAGCUACAACCCAGUACCAGGAGUUAUGGAGAACGUACCAGCUUCAAGAAACUAUGCAGGAGGCUUUGGGAACAAACUUAUCGCUAAAGACCUGGGAUUGGCUCAAAAUGCAUCGACUGAAGUUGGUGUGCCUACUCCAUUGGGCUCGUUGGCUCACCAGAUCUAUCGAGUUUUGGCUAACAACAACGAGUUUGGUGAUAAGGACUUUGGAUCUGUCUAUCAAUUUUUGAGAAAAACCAACGAAUGA